GUGUACGUCACGCAUCAUCACUUCAUUCAUGUUUCAAGCGCUUUCUGUGAAUGCAGUGAAAAAGAUCAUUUUAAAUUCUUUAUUCGUUCUUGUUUUUUUAUUUGUUUAAUGGCUCUGCAAGAAAUCACGAGUAAACAUCCUUGAAUAUUACUAUAAAAAUCACUCUAAUCGUCUGGUACAAUUGAUUUAUAUUGUUUUUGCUCUCAACCUACUCAAAUGUCAGAUUUACUUGAGACUUCUGCUCAGUAGAUGCAAUAGCUCAUUUAUAAUAAGAUUAAAGUAAAUAAUGAAUAAUAUAAUAAAUAAUAUGCUAUUCGAGAGAAUUUUGAGUCAUCAUGGGAAAAUGACCAAAAUUGAAUGGUUCGAUGCUCAGCCGGCAUUCGGUAAUGGUGAGAAUUACAGCAGCAGUUUGACCAAGUUAGAUGUUAAAUAUUCCGAUGGAAAUGCCAUUCAACGCAAGCGAUUUAUUAUGAAAGCCACGCUCGGCGAAAAACUUGUUCGUAGUCGUAAUGUUUUUGCCAAAGAGAUUUGUAUCUACAACGAAAUCAUUCCUAGAAUCGAGAGUGUAUUCAAAGCUGCAAACAUUCCAACCAAGCUAACUCCAAAGUGUUAUGACAGUGAUGUUCAACAAUCAUAUUUGAUAUUGGAAGAUUUAACAUUCGCCAAUUACUACACUAUUCCUCGGUCACAAGGGCUCAAUUUUGAUCAUAUAAAAUUAUGUCUACGUACACUGGCUUUGUGGCAUGCUGCAUCCGUUAAGAUAAUGAACAAUGAAAUACCUUCGUUUUAUGACAUCUUUUUGAUGCCUCAUGUAAGUCUCAAUGGGUCGCCACACUAUAGAACACUCUUUGAAAAUGCCGUAUCCGCUUGUUCGAAAACAUUCGAGAAUCAUUCGAAUCUACAGAAAAUCGCCCAAAAAUUAAAUCAAUUGACUAAUAGAGUGUUCGAAAAGUGUUGUGUAGCCACUGAACGUUAUGACAAGGCGCUAAAUGUACUAACACAUGGUGAUUUAUGGUCAAACAAUAUUAUGUUCAGUACAGAGUUAAGCACGGAAACAUUGCCGCUCUUUUUGGAUUUUCAAAUGUCAUAUUUCGGCUCACCAAUCCUCGAUGUUUCAUAUUUACUAUUUACAUCAGCCAAUGAUACGGUUACAUCUGAUGAGUUUAAUCAACUCUUCGAUUAUUACUGUGAACAACUGAUUGAUGUAAUGCUGAAAUUGGAUUUGCCAACUUCAACCAUUCCAAGUAAAAUACAACUUCAAAAUGAGUUUGAUGUGAGAGGUUGUUACGGUGCAUUUUUCAGCUUGUUCUCCGUGCCGAUGCGUAUUUUAGAACAUGCAAACGAUAAUGAUGUCAAAUUGUUUUUAAACAAAUCUCAAGAAGGCCGUGAAUUUCGGGAACAAAUUUAUUCAAACCCCAAUGUACAAACACUGCUCAUAAAUCUGCUCACAUAUUUUAAUAAAAAACAUUUCUUG